AUCUUUUAUUACUUCUAGUAGAAUCUUUUGUCAAUAUUAGCUCAUUAUACAACACAUGGGACAGUCCAAAAUGGAAUCUAUUUCAUUAAAAUAAGUACCGCACACAUUCCAACACCCUUAUCUCCCUAGAGCCACUUGUUUUCUCCAUCACACUCCUCACUCCAUACGUAGUGCCUUCAUCUCUAUCACCGUCGGAAUCUGGUAAAGCCCGACCCGGCCCUUUUGUCCUUUUUUCCGAGGGAUAUGGAGGAUUACUUGAAACUGUUUGUGGAGGAAACAUCGUUUUACAAUAGGGUGGUAUUGGGUACAUUGUUGCCUGAAUCAUGGUGGGGAACACUACCUCACAUGGUACAAGGAUGGCUUCGUAACUACAUUGGUGGUGUUCUACUUUACUUCAUCUCUGGUUUCCUCUGGUGCUUUUACAUCUAUCACUUGAACCGCAAUGUUUAUAUUCCCAAAGAUGCCAUCCCUUCAAACAACGCAAUGCUCUUGCAAAUAUCAGUUGCCAUGAAAGCUAUGCCAUGGUACUGUGCCUUUCCAUCACUUUCUGAGUACAUGAUUGAAAAUGGAUGGACAAAAUGUUUUGCAAGAAUAAGUGAUGUUGGAUGGCAUUCCUACGUCAUCUAUGCCGCUGUUUAUCUUGUAAUAGUGGAGUUUGGGAUCUAUUGGAUGCACAGGUUGUUGCAUGACAUAAAACCUCUGUACAAAUAUCUGCACGCUACGCAUCAUAUUUACAACAAGCAAAACACACUUUCCCCGUUUGCUGGAUUGGCAUUCCACCCAUUGGAUGGAAUACUGCAGGCAGUGCCACACGUUGUAGCUCUAUUCCUGGUGCCAAUGCAUUUCACUACACACAUAGCACUCAUAUUCCUGGAAGCCUUAUGGACUGCUAAUAUUCAUGACUGCAUACAUGGGAAGGUGUGGCCUGUAAUGGGUGCCGGCUAUCAUACCAUUCACCAUACGACAUACCGCCAUAAUUAUGGUCAUUACACAAUAUGGAUGGAUUGGAUGUUUGGGACUCUUCGUGAUCCCGUUGAAGAGGAUGCCAAGAAAAUGUAAUGUGCAUGAUUUGUACUCAAGGAUGUUCCUUGUUGUUCAUUGUCCUAGUUGUUGGGUAACCUGUGGGAUUGUAGAAUUUGUCUCAUGUGUUCCAUCGUUGGUGGAUGUAAAUUUUUCAGUUGUAGUUUAAGUUGUAGACUGAUUAUGUUUUCUUAUGUCUUUUCUUCCCUUAUAUUUAACAAAGGGCCCUUUAACAAAUAAUAAAAUCUGCGGGGAAGAAAAUUUCAGUCGCAA